UCAGAAACUGACCCAUCUUUGUAUAAGGGGAAACAAGUGUAUUUGAAGCCUCAAAUUGCACAAUGCCUGUAGAUUCAUGGAUAAUAGGGAUAAAAUGGAUCUUCUGGAUCUUCUAGACCAUCUCUUAGGACUACUUCCAUUUUAACAGUCUAGUUUUGCACACACCUGUCGUUGGAGCCUGGGAAGUCUCUGCUGACUAAUCUUACAAAAAGGAGAGUUUCCAUAAUACCGUCCUUAUUUUUCCUUUUAGCUUAUUACUGUUCAUAUUGCUCUUAGCUUUCCUCCCUUUUUUCUUAACUUAACAAUUUAUGAAGAGUCAAAAUAUGCAGUUAUGAACUGAGAUCGAGACAUUAAUUUUUGUUCUGGACACUAUCUCAAUGUAAAACUUAAUUUUUUAAAAAGAUUGGAUUUUCUAUAGCUGAGCAUAUUAAGUUGCUUUAUUGAGUGGAUAUAAAAAGUACAUUUUCCGACUUUGUAUUGUUAGAAGAAUCACAUUUUUGAUUAAGAAACUUGCUCUUGCUGUGGGAAUGAUAUAACUAAUAAGAAUGUGGAAGAUAGAGUACUACAAACCCCCCCCACACACAUUUUUUUUUUUUAAUUUUAAAACAAGCAUGUUAAUUUUCCCCAUUUUAGGUGAGAACUAGAACAGUUGCUGAAUGUGUAGCGUUCUACUAUAUGUGGAAAAAAUCAGAACGUUAUGAUUACUUCGCUCAGCAAACAAGGUUUGGAAAGAAGAGGUACAACCAUCAUCCAGGGGUCACGGACUAUAUGGAUCGGUUGGUAGAUGAAGCAGAAGCCCUUGGUGGAGCAGUACAUUCUUCAGCCUUAACUUCUAAUAGCAGAACAGAGCCCAUUCCAGAUCAACAGCUCAGCAUUCUGAACUCUAUCACUGCCAAUGACUUGACAGCAUUGACCAAUAGUGUAGCUACAGUCUGCCACUCUACAGAUGUGAACUGCUUGGAAGAUGCCUUUUCUCCUCUGGACAGCUUACCCCGAGCACCAGUUAAUCAUGUGCCUGUUGUAACAGAAGAGUUGCUUACCUUGCCUAAUAAUGGUGAAAGUGAUUGUUUUAAUUUAUUUGAGACUGGAUUUUAUCACUCGGAGUUAAACCCAAUGAACAUGUGCAGUGAAGAGUCAGAGAGACCUGCCAAGAGAUUAAAAAUGGGGAUUGCAGUCCCUGAAUCCUUUAUGAACGAUGUUUCUGUAAAUAACUUGGGUGUGGACUUUGAGAACCACACACAUCAUAUUACCAGUGCCAAAAUGGCUGUCUCAGUGGCUGACUUUAGCAGUCUAUCUGCAAAUGAGACAAAUGGUUUCAUCAGUGCCCACACUCUACACCAACAUACUGCCCUUCACUCAGAAUGAUUCCAGUGGUAAACUACAAAAACAGUGGGUACUUAAUGCAGCAGCAAGCUUGAUGGGAACUGUCAGGUUUGCUUAGUCUUUCACUGGAAGUUUGAACUUUAUGACAUCAGUGAUGUCUUUGUAUGUAUAGAACUAUAUCUUGAUUUAUCAAGAAUAAUUUUGUUUUUCAAUCCAUACGUGUGGAAAUGUCAUAUGAUGUUUGGCAGAGUUUGGGAUUAAGAGAACUCUGGUGCAGCUUUAAACUCUGCUUCAAUUGUUUUUAAAGCCUGUAGACAGAGGUCACCAUCUCAAAACCAGCACAGAAGUUGUGAACUGAUUGAAGUGGCUUUUUAGUCCAAGUUACUUUUGCCGUAACAAAUGCAGUGGAAUAACAAUGUUUACAGGUACAGAUCCUGAUUCCUGCUCAAUGUAGCAUUUUUUUAUUUUUUUUUUUUUAUAAAGGCAGGGAUGGGUUUCUUUAAUUUAAACUGCACAAACAAGGAUGUUUUUUAAUGGAACCUUCUCUCAUGUGAUACUAAACUAGGGCACUUCAGUUUACAAAACAGUGAGUUCAUCUUGGUGGAAGCUAGCACAAGGGACUGUAUGAGCAAGACAUACACUUAGAUGCUGUUGCAAAAUUAUAGGCCAUGGCUACCUUACACAGAAGUAAUUAUACUGCCAGAAGUUUUCUGUGUACUUAAACUUAUUGGCUAAACAAAUGCAUUUUAGAAUAUUGUUUUCUGAUGGGGUUUUGUCCACAACUUCUAAGAGUGUAAGGUAAUAAAUAACACCAGUUAUUUGUAUCAGCUUUGUCUGAGGCAGCUGACGUAUAAAGCCACAGUCUGCAUGGUUUAGGUUUGACCACUAAAUGGUUUAGAUUUGGGACACACAUUAAAUAGUUUGGAGCACUGCAGUUCAUUUGAGGGACUAUCUAGAUUUUUAUAUAGUGCAGUACAACCUUGAAGUAUACGUUUCAAAACUUCCUUUAUUUCUUUUGGCGAGUCAUUGUUCAAAAUGGCAUUUCAGUACUUUUCUCAAAUGGGGAUGGACAGAAGUACAAAUGCAUCUCAUACUCAAAAUAAUUGUUUAUUCCAAUCAAUUUUUUUGUGAAUAUUCAGAUGAAAUUUUGGGUGACCAUAAAUGAUUCCAUUUAAUACCCUUUUAUUUAAGUUGUAUUACAGAUUCCGACAAAACAUAGUAUUGGUAUGUGAUAUGCUUCCAGAGCAUACGGCUUUCAGGUUUGUGAUUUUUUUUUUUUU